AUGUCCUCCAACAAUCCGAACAAUCCCUUUGAUGAUCCGGGUGAAAUAACCGAGACAUUUCGCGAUGGCGGCGGCCAAGGAAACCAACCACAACAGCAUUCUCAACCCAUCGCUUAUGGUGGAGAAGAUGCCACAGCCAAUCCAUUUGCAGGAAGCAGUGGUUCUUCCCAUCCCAUUCAACAACCAGCUCAUUCUCGUGUACAGCAAGGCACUCACGGCAUGUCUUCACAAGGCAAUAGCACCACUUCACCCUACAUGGCCGACUUGAUAGAUCUCCAACAUGGCACGUCUGAACCCCCUACACCAGCGUCAGCUCUUCCUACGUCCACCACUGCUGGGAUGGCAUCUUAUCCACCACAAGCAGCUGCCACAAGCAGGCAACAGCAGCAGCAAUUCACCCCCACCCCCACCACAUAUCCCCCAGCGCCAAGCCAACCGGGUCAGCUACGGAGAAUGGAAACAUUCAACACAGAUACAGGAUCGCUUUAUGAAGAAGGUGGUACAUAUGAUGAUGAUGACGAUUUGAGACUCUUGGAGCAUCAAGGUUCUAUUGCAGGAGCAAGGACAAAUCAAUCUGGAUCAUCAGGUGGUGCUGAUUCGGGUGGUGGUAUUCCUUUGCGAUCUUCUGUGGGCGCUACACAACCAACAAGUACAUCGGCACGGCGAGGAAGGAAAAAGAAACGUGGAUGUUUGGAAGGCAUCAAGGAUACAGUGAAUACCUUAUUGGGUCGUCCAGCUUCGGCAUCAGGCACCGCUGGUGAAGGUGGUGAACGCAUUAUCCAUAUCAACAACCCCGAUUUGAACGACGAGCAACGCUUCCUCCAUAAUCGUAUCUUUACAGCAAAGUACACCAUCAUCACCUUUUUGCCGAGAUUCUUGUACGAGGAGUUUUCAAAAUAUGCCAAUCUCUUCUUCUUGUUCAUUUCUGGUAUUCAGCAAAUCCCCGAUAUUUCACCCACAUCACGUUGGACCACACUGGUACCCUUAUGUAUUGUCUUGUUCAUUACGGCUAUCAAAGAAAUCAUGGAAGACUAUGGCGUACAUCGAUCAGACGCUGAGCUCAAUGCAAGAAAGUGCAAAGUAUUGGUGGGAUCCGAAUUCGUUGAGCAAUCAUGGCGAGACGUCAAAGUGGGCGAUGUUCUCCGUAUAGAAAGCGGUGAAAAUUUCCCGGCGGAUUUGGUCUUGGUGAGCAGUUCAGAACCUGAAGGUCUUUGCUAUGUUGAAACUAGCAAUUUGGACGGCGAGGUCAACUUGAAGAUCAAACAGGCUUUACAGCAAACCAGCAAAAUCCUGGAUCCUCGUGAGAUGAGCCAACUACAAGGUGUGAUCAAAUGCGAGCAGCCGAACAACCGAUUAUACAAUUACGAUGGUGUGCUUUCUGUUUCAUCAGCUGAUGAAGUCGGCAAAACACGUGAUUACGCUUUGGAUCCCACCCAAUUGCUACUUCGUGGUGCUCAAUUGAGAAAUACGUCUUGGAUUUAUGGCAUUGCAGUAUUCACGGGUCACGAAACCAAGUUGAUGUUGAAUUCGAGCAAAAAGCCAUCAAAGAUGUCAAACGUCACUCAUAUCACCAACCGCAACAUUCUCUAUCUCUUUGCUAUCUUGGUGCUUAUGAGCAUUGCUUGUUCUUGCGGUGGUUUAGGAUUUGCACUUACCAAGAGCGACCAAAUGGGCUAUUUACCAUUCGAGAAUCAAAACCGCGCAGCUGAAUUCGGCUAUGAUAUUUUGACAUUCUUGAUUUUGUUCAACAGUUUUAUCCCGAUCAGUUUGAUGGUCACUAUGGAGAUUGUCAAGUUUGUGCAGUCGUUGUUGAUUGAGGCCGAUCUCGACAUGUAUUAUGAAAAGACCGACACACCAGCAGUUGCACGUAGUAGCAGUUUGAUCGAGGAAUUGGGCCAAGUCAAAUUUGUCUUUUCCGAUAAGACCGGCACCUUGACAUGUAAUGAGAUGCAAUUUCGGCAAGCGUCCAUUGCUGGUCUCUCGUAUGCGGAUAAGGUCGAUUCUGACAAGCAAGCAAGGGAAGGAUCCGAUGACCCCACGCUUCAAUACACGUUCAAUCAGCUUCAAGAGCAUCUCAAGACCCAUCCCACUGCCAAUGUGAUCAAUGAAUUUUUGAUCUUGCUCGGAUGCUGUCAUACCGUUAUUCCCGAGAAAUCCAAAAAUGGUGAUGACGAGAUCAUUUAUCAAGCGUCCUCUCCUGAUGAAGGUGCCCUUGUCAAAGGUGCCAGCCAGCUUGGUUAUACUUUUCAUACUCGACGACCCAACUCGAUUACAUGCAGCAUUCGUGGUCAUGAUAUGGAGUUUCAGGUGCUCAACAUUUGUGAAUUCAACUCGACUCGUAAACGUAUGUCGGCUAUUGUCCGUGGACCCGAUGGCAAGAUCAAGCUGUAUUGUAAGGGUGCUGACACUGUCAUUCUCGAACGUUUGGCUGAGAACAACCCCUUUGUUGAGCCUACGCUUAUUCAUUUAGAGGAAUUUGCCUCUGAAGGUUUACGUACCCUUUGUAUUGCUAUGCGCGAGAUUCCAGAAGAAGAAUAUGAACGCUGGUCCCAAAUUUACGACAAGGCUGCAACCACUUUGGUGAACCGUGCCGAAGAACUUGAUAAGGCUGCCGAGAUGAUUGAGCAAAACCUGUUCUUGUUGGGUGCUACAGCUAUCGAAGAUAGACUUCAAGAUGGUGUUCCCGAUACGAUUUACUCCUUGCAGGAAGCUGGUAUCAGAGUUUGGGUAUUGACCGGCGAUCGACAGGAAACAGCUAUCAACAUUGGCUAUUCAUGCAAGCUUUUGAAUGAGGAAAUGAGUUUGAUCGUAUGCAACGAAGACAACCAUUGGGAUACAAAGAACUUUUUGGAGAAGAAGCUGAGGGAGAUCAAUGAAGUCCAAAGCCGUGGUGAUGAAUUAGAGCCACUUGCUCUCAUUAUUGAUGGUCGUGCUCUCACAUUUGCUCUGGAAAAGGAUAUUGAAAAGAUCAUGUUUGAGCUCUCGGUUCUAUGUAAGGCUGUUAUCUGCUGCAGAGUGUCACCGCUUCAAAAGGCAUUGGUCGUGAAGCUUGUCAAGAAAUACGACAAAUCCAUCUUGCUCGCUAUCGGUGACGGUGCCAACGACGUUUCCAUGAUUCAGGCAGCCCACGUUGGUGUUGGUAUCAGUGGUGUUGAAGGUCUGCAAGCUGCUCGUAGUGCCGAUUUUGCUAUUGGUCAAUUCCGAUUCCUCAAAAAGCUACUACUCGUUCAUGGUGCUUGGGCCUAUCAACGACUCAGCAAGAUGAUCUUUUACUACUUUUAUAAGAACAUCGCAUUAUACUUGACGCAAUUUUGGUAUGCGUUCUAUAACGGCUUCUCUGGAACAACGUUCUAUGAAUCAUGGACCAUGUCUUGCUUCAACGUCAUUUUCACCUUUUUACCUCCAUUGGUCAUUGGUAUUUUCGAUCAAUUCGUAUCCGCUCGUCUCUUGGACAAGUAUCCUCAAAUGUACAUGCUUGGCCAAACCAAUGAAUUCUUCAAUCAACGACGAUUCUGGGGCUGGUUUGCUAAUGCCGUCUAUCAUUCCUUGCUUUUAUUCUUCCUUGGUGUUGGUGCCUUUAGCAAUGAUGGUGUAUUCGCCAAUGGAUGGGUUGGAGGACAAUGGUGGGCUGGUACGGCGGUGUUCACAGCCGUUCUUGGUUGUAUCUUAUGGAAGGCAGCGUUGAUCACAGAUAUUUGGACCAAGUAUACUGUCAUUGCUAUUGUGGGUUCUAUGGCAGCAUGGUACAUUUUCUUGCCUGUUGUUGCAUACAUUGGUCCGGCAAUCUCGAGUGGCGUCUUCCCUGAAUACAAUGGUAUCGUUCCUCUCCUUUGGGGCAAUGCGAACUUUUGGUUGUUCAUUAUCCUGGUACCACUCAUUUGCAAUUUGCGUGAUUUCUUGUGGAAAUAUGCCAAACGCAUGUACACGCCCCUUCCUUACCACUUUGUUCAAGAAAUUCAAAAGUACAACCUUCCCGAUUAUCGACCAAGAAUGGAUCGAUUCCGCCAAGCCGUCAACAAAGUACGACGGAUACAACGUCUCAAGCGCAAUCGCGGUUAUGCAUUCUCACAAAACGACAGCGAUCAAAACAAGAUUAUUCGUGCCUACGACACCACCAUUCAGAAACCCCAAGGUUAA